AUGAUUUUUAAUAAGUUUGUACAUGCGAUAUCAUAUCUCUUUCUCAUAGGGGCCGGGCUGCUGUGUUUUUUCCUAAUUUUGAAUGGGGCUAGAUCUAGUGGAACGUUAGCGAAAUUCUAUUGGUUUGAGGCGAAUACGAACGGGUUCAACAAUGCACCAAUCAUAACUAGAUGGUACAAUUAUCGGUUCUGCGGAGUGAUGGGGGGCAACUUGGUAGAUUGUUCGAAAAGUGUAGCCGCGCAGGCGUUUUCUCCACGUGACAACUUCGGAGCGAGCAGUGCGAUGCCUAGCACCUUUUUGAAUGACAGAGACGCGUACUACUACUUGUCGCGUGUCGGGUGGGCAAUGUUGCUUAUCGGACUGUUCUUCCUUAUUCUGACAAUCAUUCCGGCCACUGUGAUAUUGUUCAAGACUGUCACGUCGAUGGCAAUCUGGUUGACGGUGGGCACCUGGACGUCGCUGUUCUUCAUACUGUUGGCGGCAUGUUUGUAUACCGGUUGUUACGCCAAGGCCAAGAAGGGAUUUCAUAGCCAGGGCAGACGUGGCAAGAUGGGUCCUAGAAACUUUGCGUUUAUCUGGACUUCGGUCUUUCUGCUGUUGGUGGACGCAAUCUGGGCCUCCGUCACUCUGGGACUUCACCGCAGGAAAAAGUCCAGGGACUCGGGCACGUACGGUGGAGGGUUUCACGAUAAUACGAGCUCUUCAGAGGGUCACAUGGAUAAAUCGACCUUUAACAGUGAGAAACCUCGCAGUAGAACUUUCUUCACCAAGCUGAGAACCAAGAGGGAGCUCAUGCACCCUCAUGCUCAUUCGCCUACUCGUGACCAGGCAGUGCCAGCUGACGAAGUCGAGUACGAAACGCGCGAAUAUGCCGUUCAGCAACCGGUUCAGCCGGUUCAGCCAGUGGCGAACGUCAACGAGACCAUGGCUUGA